GUUUUGGAAUACAAGAAAUUGAAUUAAUUUUGUUAAAACGUGUGUUGGAGUUUGCAUUGCAAUGACGAAAUACAUCCAGCAAAUAGAAGUCAUUGAUGCUGAAAAAAGACGAAUACCAAGCAAACAUUAUGUGUAUGUCAUCCUUGUCACAUGGUCUGAUGGCUCUACACUCACUGUUUACAGGCGCUACAGCCGUUUCUUUGACUUGCAGACAAAUUUACUGGACAAGUACCCAAUUGAAGGUGGGCUAGUCGACCCAGCAAAGAGAGUUAUACCAUUUUUACCAGGUAAAAUAUUUUUUGGUAGAAGCCAAAUUAAAGAUGUUGCAAUGAAACGUUUGAAAGAAAUUAAUUUAUAUUGCAAGAAUCUAAUCACACUUGAGCCAAAAAUCUCUCAGUCUGAUAUUGUAAAAGAGUUUUUUGAGGUGGAGCCAGAGGAUUUAGACCCCCCACCCUCCUGUACGGAUGAUGGGAAAAGAAAAUUAUCACUUACUUUUUCAUUAACUAAUCUGAGUAAGCUGAAGGUAGGCAAGGAGAAGCAGGUGGGUGACAUUUCCAAACCCAAACGUAUGCAGUGUUACCUGGCCAUUGCGGACUACACAGCCCAGGCUUCAGGGGAGAUCAGUCUAGAGGCUGGGACAAGGGUGGAGGUGGUGGAGAAGAGUGAAAAUGGAUGGUGGUUUGUCAACUCUGAAGAUGAACAAGGCUGGGUACCAAGCACUUACUUGGAACCAGAAGAUGGCGGAGGCUCUAGUGCACAUAAAGGUCCUAUGGCAGAGCCAGGAAAAGAGGAGAACUUUAUAUGCAUAGAGGAAUAUAAAGCCUGUAAUUCAGAUGAGGUGAGCCUAGAGAAAGGUGUUGUGGUACAAGUCAUACAGAAGAACAUGGAUGGCUGGUGGCUAGUCAGGUAUAAAGGUAAAGAAGGGUACGCUCCUGGCACCGUUCUGAAAAAGGCUAGCAAUGCCUACACUGUGUCAUUGGUGGAGAAGUCCAGAAUGAGUGGUGUAGAGAUUAUCAGCAGUUUACAGGAUGUCAGCAACCUUCUGAACCAGAACAUCAAAUCCGAGACUGGCAAGUCAGGCCCUGCAGGAAGAAAUUCACCACAGCCUGACAGUAAGGCAGCCCAGUCCAACAGGCCUUCUGUUGUUUUAAAACAAAGAUCUCUAGAGAGGGGAGGUUCUCUCGUCCCCCCUCCCCGCCAGAGCUCUGUGCAGAAAAUGGAACUACCAACAACCGUCAGCAAAUCCAACAUCUACGUAACAGCCGAGGAUUUUACAGAUGGUGUUGGUGAUGGCCUCACUUUUAAGAAGGGCCAGAGAGUUGAGGUGACAGAGAAGACACCAACUGGCUGGUGGUUUGUGAAAAUGGGAGCGGAAGAAGGCUGGGUGCCAUCAUCUUAUCUGGAACCUCUGUCAGAGGGAAACCAGUCAGGAUAUGAGCAGGCAACAGAUGAAACAGAUAGCUCACAGAAUUAUGUUGAUUACUAUGAGGAUGAAGACUGGUAUGAACAGCCUGAAGAUCCAGAGGAAGUGGAGCAAGUUAAACAGUCCGACCCAUCAGGGAAAACAGCAUCAAGGCCCCUCCCACUGCCACCUGGGAAAAAACCAGACGUCCCCAGUCCCCCUGUGAAACCAGGUGAAAAAAUUCAAGACCAGCCCGUCAAAGCCGGGUUUAAACUUCCUGACCCGCCUGCAAAGCCUGGUGCCAAAACUCCAAAUCUGCCUGUGAAGCCAGGUCCCAAGAUUCCAGAUCCACCUGCUAAACCAGGUGCUAAAACUCCAGAACUGCCUUCUAAACCAGCUGCCAAGCCAUCAGAUUCAUCCGUCAAGGCUGGCGCCAAAAUGUUUGAGCCUCCUGGCAAAUUUCCUGAAACAUCGCUCAAGCCUGUUUCUCUGAAGCCCGUGGAGACAAACAAACCUGACGUGACUAACAAACAGCAGGGAGGGAACUCAGCUCCCUCUUCUCUAGGUUUUGCAGCAGAUCUAAAGGCUAAAUUUGAGGCUCGGUCAGGGAGCAACGCAGAUUCCAAAACCCCUGUACAGGGAGAUAAUUCAAAUUCAUCAAAAAAUGUGUUUACAGGUGCCCCUCUUGUACCUAAAUCCAAACCUGUUGUUCCUGGUAAGACAGACGGAGGUUCUCUCCCUGGGGGUAACCAGCCCACACCAAAACCACCCCCUCCUGCUAAAUUAAAACCAGUUGGGGGCAACAUCCCAGUGCCAGCCAAACCCUCCAUCACCCCCAAAACAUCCGUUACACCAUCACCCAAGCCUGCUCUUCCCACAAACCCACCUAAAAUUGGAGCCAAAUUUGAACUUAACAACAACACACCAGGUCCUACUAAAUCUUCAUCAUCUGAUCAAGGCAACGUUCAACAUAAAUCCGCACUAUUCAGCCCCGCUAAUUUAAAGCCUGCUACGGUUGAAAAACCCCAGCUGCCCAGCAAACUAAAACCGGUUGCCAUGAAUAGUUCCAACCCCCCUAACCGGCAACAAACUGAGGAUCUUAAAUCUAGUCAGGGUGUUUCCAACCUGGCCAACAGCUUAAGUGGCAAGUUAAACUUUGGCCAGAAGCCUCCAGUGAGUAGAGCAGAGGCAGGGGAAACAACACACCCGGAGCCAUUGAAGAAACCUGUCGUAACCCCUGCUGUUCCUGAAUCUCCUUUAGCCAAGACGUAUGUGGCUAUAAGCAGUUUUACAGCAGAAAAUGACGGAGAGCUGGGGUUCAGUGAGGGAGAUGAGGUGGAGGUGUUAGAGGUGCAAGGUGACUGGACCCGCAUCCGAUUCUGGGAUGAGGAAGGUUGGGCACCCACGGAUUACUUGCAAAAACUUUAACUUAUAGUUUGGCAGUUAUAUGAUUCAAUUGGAUUUUUAGUGUUAAAUUGUUUGGAAGUUUUUAUCUGUGCAACUGAUUUAAAAACAGUGGUAAAACAUUUUAAAUUUUUUAUCAUUAACAAGUGCCAGUAUAGCACCAUCUGUUAUUUUAUACUUCAUAACAUUAGAUAAGUUAUAUUAACUAAUGUUAGUGAUGAUUUUAUUAUAACUAAAUCCUCUUGUUAGUCAAAAUUUGUUAGCAAUCAAAUUACAGCACUAAAUCUUUUAAAUGUAAAGUCAGCUGUUCCGGAUUAUAAAAUUACAUUCCUGUGUGACCUGUUUCUUGUAUGCGACAUUUUGUUUUUAAUUAUUAAGUUAAUGACAAUAAAUCCAUCCAUUCAAUUUGAUAAUACAGUGUAAUCUUAAGUUAAACUGCAGCUUCAUGUUUUUUUAAAGUAAAAAUAUAAUUCUUAUACUUGUAAAAUAUUUACCUAUAAUAAUGACAUUUUAACAUGUUCUCAAAAUCAAACCUCCAUCAUAUAUAAAGAAUUAGUUUUACUAUUACUGUUGUAGUUAUUUGUAAAUUAUUGUGUAUCAUUUUAAUCACUCAAAUCAUCAAUCAAUUAGCUAUCAACCUUGCCAGCAACAUAUUUCUCUAGUCCUUCAUGAAAAUUAAUUAUUUUGUACAUAAAAAUUAUUACCCUAUGUUAUCUUCUUUACUAUUUAAUUGUGAUCAAAUUUCAAUGGGAUUUUCUUACUUUUAAUUUUGUGAAGAUCAUUUACACCAUGUUGUGAUGCUUUUUUGUGUUAUAUAUAAGACGCUUUAACUUUGCUUGCUUUUAUUGCAUUGAUAAAUAACAAAAACUAUUUCAAGUAACUACCAGUUACUGAAUAACAUUGAUAAAAUGUUUCAUGAAUAUACAUACUAGCAUUUGUAUAAUCUGUAGUCUUACUUGAUUCAAAUGUUAUACAUGAAAGAUUAGUUCAUAUAUUUCAUUCUGCUUUUACACAUAUUGAAUGUUUAAUUAUGAUAUAUUUUAUAUUUAUAUGAUAUAUGUAGACUUUAUUUAUGUUGAUGGAAUGGUUUAUUUCGGUGUUCAAAAUUUUUUACCAGAUAUGGUAAUAUUGGUUUGUUUGGUUUUACACUUUUCUUUUUUUUGUUUUUCUAAAUAGAGCUUUAAAAGUUUACAAAUAAAUGAAAAUAUUUUAUUAAUCUAUAAAAUAACAUUUUCAAUUUUGUUUUACAUACUACUUUAAGCUGGAUUUAAUACACAGAUUUCAAAUUCAAAUUGUUCCAAAAGUAUGAAAUGUAAAAUAAAUAAAACAAAAAAGAAUGAAUCAGAUUUUAAUUUUAUAAAGGAAGCACAAGCCAAAGGUCAGUGUCUUGUUAUAAUAAAUUGUUUAUAAUUGUUAGGAUUGCACCCUUAUUUGCAUAAUCAAAAUUUUGAAACCCAUGAGUUAAUAAGCGAUGUGAAUUUUUUUUAGUCAGUAAAAUGUUUAACCGUCUUUGACACUACUGCCUCUCAAAAUUUUUAUAGAAAUUAAACUACAUAUAAUUUAAUAUUGGGCAAUGUGAGGAAUUUUAUUUUGAUUCAUGAUAAAUUCAAUUCUUGGCAGAAUUACAUUUUUAGACUAAUAUUUCUUUUCAUUGUUUCUUGUGAUAUAGGAGUAUUUUAAGAGCAAAUUGUUGUAGUUGAAUUUUGCAGGUUUUAAAUUGUUACAACUCAAGAAAUGUUUGUACUCUUAAAGCUUAUACUAUACUAUACCUCUCUAUGUUCAAAGGUGAAUAAAGUGCUAUUGAUUACCUGAUUAAAGCUUGCAGUCCCAAUAUGUUUUAGGAUACUGCUUAGUACUGAUGGUAUUUUUAAUAUGUAAGCCUUAUUUUUUCAGUGAUAUACUUCUUGUAUUAUCCUUAUUUUAUCAACAACAAGAAAUCAUUCCUAGAAAAAGUAGCCUAUAAAUGUUAUAUUUAAAAUUAAUUAUCAAAAUUAUCUGUCGUGUUAGAAAUACAUGGUAUCUAUAAACAAUUAAUAAAAAUUACCUUUUUUCAUUGUAAUUAAAUUUCUAUAUUGUGAUUACAUCAGCUUUAUAUUCUCAUGUUUUUGUUACAUAAUGUUGCCUUACCUGAUCAAUCUUUCAAGGCUUUUAUUCCAACUUUUGAAUCAUUUACCAUUUAGUUAAUAUAUUGUUUCAAAAUGAAUUAUUUUUGAGUAUGUAAUUUAUCUGUUAAUAAAAGAUUUAUU